UCUCGGCGGCUGCGGCCGCUCCUUUGCUGAGCAGCGCUCCAGGAAUCUGCCCGAGCUGAUCGCGGUGAGGUGGGGCUCAGAAGCAGGCGGGAGGUGCCCGGGUUAACGGUCCGAGGCCCAGGGACCGGCCCGCCUGGGGCGCCCGCGGGAAUCCCGUUUGGACAGCGGCCUCCGGUUUCCCAGGAGGACCCGAGGCCCAGAGACGGACUGGAACUUGUCCUAGGGCCCCUGGCCUGCCCGUCUCAGCUUCCUGCUGCCGGCACCACUCUGGGUUCCAGUACGCGCAGAAAGAACUUCCAACCUUGGUAUCCAACCGCCGGCAACCCCGGGCUGUGCGGUUGUGCUUUGGUCUCAGCUCAAGAAGAAGUAGAAGUGGUACAGAAAUGGUUAGAGAACCCUGCAGGGAGCAAACAGCCUCUGGAUGCAUAGGGACCUGUGGACUUGCUGUCUGAUGCCCCCAUGGAGACAGGAAGCACCAGGUUGAACGACAUGAAGCCCCAGUCUCUGCAGCUGGUGCUGGAGGAGCAAGUGCUGGCUCUUCAGCAGCAGAUGGCGGAGAACCAGGUAGUCUCCUGGCGGAAAUUGAAGAGCUUCCAGGAGGCACAGCAAAGGCAAGCUGCCCUUGUGAGGAAGCUGCAGGCCAAGGUUUUGCAGUACCGGAGCUGGUGCCAAGAACUGGAGAAGCGACUGGAAGACACUGGAGGGCCGAUUCCUCCGCCUUGGGAAAGUGUGGAAGAGCCAAACCUGGAACAGCUGCUAAUCCGAUUGGAUGAGGAGCAACAGAGGUGUGAGAGUCUAGCAGAAGUGAAUACUCAGCUUCGACUGCACGUGGAAAAAGCUGACGUGGUGAAUAAAGCCCUUCGGGAAGACAUGGAAAAAUUGACAGUGGACUGGAGUCGGGCCCGGGAUGAGCUAAUAAGGAAGGAGAGCCAGUGGCGGAUGGAGCAGGAGUUCUUCAAGGGCUAUCUGAAGGGGGAACAUGGUCGCCUUCUCAAUCUAUGGCGGGAGGUAGUGACCUUCCGACGCCACUUCCUGGAAAUGAAGUCAGCAACUGACAGAGAUCUGACAGAGCUAAAGGCUGAACACGCGAGGCUUUCAGGGUCCCUGCUGACCUGUUGUCUGCGCUUGACCGUGGGAACACAGUCUCGGGAAUCCAGUGGAUCUGGGAGAGCGGACAGGAGUGAGCCACCCCAGUUGCUGCUCCUACUAGCCAAGACUCAGGAGCUAGAGAAGGAAGCCCAUGAGAAGAGCCAGGAGUUAAUACAACUCAAGAGCCAAGGGGAUCUGGAGAAAGCUGAACUUCAGGAUCGAGUGACGGAGCUGUCUGCUUUGCUGGCCCAUUCUCAGAAGCAAAAUGAAGAGUAUGAAAAAAUGCUAAAGGCUCUGAGAGAGACAAUGGAGAUCCUGGAGUCAAAUCACACAGAAUUAAUGGAACAUGAGGCAUCUCUUAGUAGRAAUGCCCAAGAGGAGAAGUUGUCUUUACAGCUGGUGAUCAAGGAGAUAACACAGGUACUGGCCUUGGUGGAAGAAGGGGACAACACUGGCCAAGGCUCUGGUCAUGAGAGCUCCUUGAAAUUGGACUCUAGUGGCUUCUCCUCCCACUUUGAUUCCCAGGAUCCAGACAAAGCUCUUACUCUGGUGCGUUCAGUGCUGACUCGGAAACACCAGGCUGUGCAGGACCUAAGGCAGCAGCUUUCAGGCUGCCAGGAAGCAAUGAGCUUCUUGAAGCAGCAACACGAUCAGUGGGAGGAAGAGGGCAAAGCCCUGAGGCAGCGGCUGCAGAAGCUCUCUGGGGAGCGGGAUGCUCUGGCAGGGCAGACUGUGGGCCUCCAGGGCGAGGUGGACACUCUCAGCAAGGAACGAGAGCUCCUGCAGAAGGCCAGGGAAGAGCUGCAGCAGCAACUAGAGGUGCUAGAACAGGAAGCAUGGCGGCUCCGAAGGGCAAAUAUGGAGCUGCAGCUGCAGGGUGACUCUGCCCAGGGGGAGAAGGAGGAGCAGCAGGAAGAGUUGCACCUGGCUGUUCKGGAGAGGGAGCGUCUUUCUUUGCAACUAGUGGGCAUGAAGAGGAUAAACUUGAAAGACUGCCAAAAGGGUCAUGCCCUGUCCUGGGAAGGAUCUCCCGUGCACCAGGCAGAACAAUCCAUUGCAGAGUUUUCAAGUUCAGAGAACAGCUUGAAGGCAGAGGUUGCCGAUCUUCGGGCUGCAACUGUCAAGCUCAGUGCCUUAAAUGAGGCUUUGGCCUUAGAUAAAGUUGGACUGAACCAACAGCUUCUCCAGUUGGAGCAUGACAACCAGUCUGUGUGCAGCAGAGUAGAGGUGGCAGAGCAGGCGAGAAGUGCUUUGCAGGUGGACCUGGCAGAGGUAGAGAGGAGCAAGGAAGCACUGUGGGAAAAGAAAACUCACCUGGAGGCUCAGCUGCAGAAAGCUACAGAGACUGGAGCUGAGCUGCAGGCAGAGCUCAGGAGCAUCCAAGAAGAAAAGGAAGAAAUGAAAGAGAAAUUAAAUGAGGCACUUUACCAGCAGGAGGCAGCUACAGUUCAGCUUGAACAGCUGCAUCAGGAAGCAAAGCGACAGGAAGAAAUGCUUGCCAGGGCAGUCCAGGAGAAAGAGUCUCUAGUAAGAGAGAAGGCUGCUCUAGAGGUGCGGCUUCAGGCUGUGGAGAGAGACCGUCAGGACCUUGUUGAACAACUUAUGGGGCUUAGCUCUGCCAAGGAACAGCUAGAGAACAAUCUGUUUGAGGCUCAACAACAAAAUUCUGUGAUAGAGGUCACCAAGGGACAGCUAGAGGUCCAGAUUCAAACUGUCACUCAAGCCAAGGAAGUAGUCCAAGGGGAAGUGAGGUGCUUGAAGCUAGAACUGGAAACUGAACAGAGCCAAGCAGAGCAGGAGCGGGAGAGAGCAGCCAGAAAGUUGGCCCAGGCUGAGCAAGAUGGGCAGAUGGCCCUGGAGCAGCAGAAGGUGGCCCAUGAGGAGGAGGUCAAACAGCUUCAGGAGAAAUGGGAGAAAGAGCACUUCCGGCUUCAGAAGGAGCUGAAUAAGGCCCUGGAGAGCCUAGAGAGAGAAAGAAUGGAGCUGGAAAUAAGGCUGAGGGAGAAACAAACAGAAACUGAAGCCAUCCAGGCACAGAGGGAAGAGGAACGGACCCAGGCAGAGAGUGCCCUCUGCCAGAUGCAGCUGGAAACAGAGAAGGAGAGAAUGUCCCUCCUUGAGACACUGCUACGGACCCAGAAGGAGCUGGCAGAUGCCAGCCAACAACUGGAACGGCUGAGGCAGGACAUGAAGGUUCAGCAGUUAAGAGAGCAGGAGACCACUGGGAUGCUGCAGACCCAGCUCCGCGAGGCUCAGUCAGAGCUGAAGGAGGCAGCACAGCAGCACAGAGAUGACCUUGCUGCUCUCCAGGAGGAGGGUAGCACCCUGCUGCAGGACAAACUAGAUCUACAGAAGCAGGUGGAGGAUUUGAGGUCUCAGCUGGUGGCCCAGGAUGACUCCCACAGACUAGAGGAGCAGGAGGUUCAGGAGAAGCUGAGAGAAGCCCAGGAGAGUAGCCGAAUUCAGAAGGAACUGGAGAGGGAGAAAGCCAGCCUGACUCUGUCACUUGUGGAAAAGGAACAAAAACUCCUUGUUUUACAAGAAGCUGACUCUGUUCGACAGCAAGAGCUGAACUGCCUGCACCGUGACAUGCAAGAGGCUCAAGAAAGGCAAAAGGAACUCAGUGCUCAGGUGGAAUUACUGAGGCAGGAGGUGAAGGAAAAGGAAGCUGAUUUUGUGGCUCAGGAAGCACAACUGCUGGAGGAGCUGGAGGCCUCUCGGAUCACAGAGCAACAGCUGCGAGCUUCCUUGUGGGCCCAAGAAGCCAAGGCUGACGAACUUCAGCUGCAACUGCGUAACACAGAAAGCCAGUUGGAGGUGCUGGCUGCUGAGCAGCAGCCUGGGAACCAUGCCCAGGCCCAGCUGGCCAGCCUCUACUCUGUUCUGCAGAAGGCUCUGGGGUCUCUAUGUGAGAACAGGCCAGAGCUGAAGGGUGGGGGAGACUCUGCUCCCACCCUGUGGGGCCCAGAACCAGGCCAAAAUGGAGCCAGGAGCCUUUUUAAGAGAGGGUCCCUCCUGACUGCUCUUUCGGCUGAGGCUGUAGAAUCUGCUCUCCACAAGCUUCACCAAGACCUGUGGAAAACUCAGCAGGCCCGGGAUGACCUGAGAGAUCAGGCCCAGAAGCUGACACAGAGUCUAAUUGAUGUUGAGGUGGAGAAGAGCCAGAUCCACUCCAAGUUUCAGGACCUUCAGAGACAGCUCUCCCAGAGCCAGGAAGAGAAAUUCAAGUGGGAAGGAAAACACAGCACCCUAGAAUCUGAGCUGAGGGAGCUGCAUGAAACUGUGGCAUCCUUACAGAGUCGCCUCCGGCAAGCAGAGCUACAGAGAAUGGAAGCCCAGAGUGAGCGAGAGUUACUUCAGGCAGCCAAAGAGAACUUAACAACCCAGGUUGAACAUCUGCAAGCAUGUGUCACAGAAGCCAGGGCUCAGGCAAGUGCUGCUGGGGUCCUAGAAGAAGAUCUAAGAACGGCUCGCUCUGCACUGAAACUGAAAAACGAAGAGGUGGAGAGUGAGCGGGAGAGAGCCCAGGCUCUACAAGAGCAGGGCGAGCUGAAGUUGGCCCAAGGGAAGGCUUUGCAGGAGAAUUUGGCUCUGCUGGCCCAGACUCUAUCUGAAAGAGAAGGAGAGGUGGAGACUUUGCAGGGAGAAAUCCAGGAACUGGAGAAGCAGCGGGAAAUGCAGAAGGCAGCUCUAGAACUGCUGUCUCUGGACCUGAAGAAGAGGAACCAAGAGGUGGAUCUGCAACAAGAACAGAUUCAGGAGCUGGAGAAGUGUAGGUCUGUCUUAGAGCACCUGCCCAUGGCUGUCCAGGAGCGAGAACAGAAGCUGACUGUGCAGAGGGAGCAAAUCAAAGAGCUCGAGAAGGAUCGGGAGACUCAGAGGAACAUUUUGGAGCAUCAACUUCUGGAACUUGAGAAGAAAGCCCAAGUGAUUGAGUCCCAGAGAGGACAGAUUCAGGAUCUGAAAAAGCAGUUGAUGACUCUGGAAUGCCUGGCUCUGGAGCUAGAGGAAAGUCAUCACAAAGUGGAGGGCCAGCAGAAGGUGAUUGAGGAACUGGAGGGCCAGAGAGAAACACAGAGGGUGGCUCUGACCCACCUGACUCUGGACCUGGAAGAAAGAAGUCAGGAGCUGCAGGCACAAAGCAGUCAGAUACAGGAGCUGGAGAGCCACAGCACCUUUCUGGCAAGAGAGCUACAGGAAAGGGACGAGGAAGUGAAGUCCCAGCACCAACAAAUAGAAGAGCUGCAGAGGCAGAAAGAGCAUCUCACUCAGGACCUUGAGAAAAGGGACCAGGAGCUGAUGUUGCAGAAGGAGAGAAUUCAGGUUCUGGAAGACCAGAGGAUGCUGCAGACCAAGAUCCUAGAGGAGGACCUGGAACAGAUCAAGCUGUCCUUGAGAGAGCGUGGCCAGGAGCUGGCCUCCCAGAGGCAGCUGAUGCAGGAGCGGGCAGAGGAGGGGAAGAGCCCUAGUAAAGCACAGCGUGGGAGCCUGGAGCACAUGAAGCUGAUCCUGCGUGAUAAGGAGAAGGAGGUGGAAUGCCAGCUGGAGCAUAUCCAGGAACUUCAGGAGCAUAAGGACCAGCUGGAGCAGCAGCUCCAGGGCCUGCACAGGAAGGUGGGUGACACCAGCCUGCUCCUGACCCAGCGAGAGCAGGAGAUAGUAAUCCUGCAGCAGCACCUUCAGGAAACCAAGGAACAAGGGGAGCUGAAAGAGCAGGCACUUCAGGGUCAGCUGGAAGAGGUCCAAAGAGCCCUGGCCCAAAGGGACCAAGAUCUCCAGGCCCUGCGGCAAGAUCAGCAGCAGGCCCUGGCCCAGGAGGAGGAGAAGGCAAGUGCCCUCCAGGCUGCUCUGGACCAGGCCCAUGUGACGCUGAAGGAGUGCCAAGGAGAGCUGGAGGAGCACAGGGAGCAGGUGAGAAGGCUCCAGGAAGAGCUGGCAGUGGAGGGACGGCAGGUUCAGGCACUGGAGGAGGUUUUAGGAGACCUGAGGGCUGAGUCUCUGGAGCAGGAGAAGGCUCUKCUGGCCCUUCAGCAACAAUGUGCUGAGCAGGCACAGGAGCACGAGGCAGAGGCCAGAGCUCUGCAGGACAGUUGGCUGCAGGCAGAGGCCACACUCAAGGAGCGAGACCAGGAGCUGGAGGCUCUGCUGGCAGAAAGCCAGUCUUCCAGGGAUCAGGAAGCCGCUGCACUGGGCCAGGCAGAGGCUCUGCAGGAGGCCCUGAGCAAGGCCCAGGCUGCCCUGAAGGAAAAAGAACAGCAUCUCCUUGAGCAGGCAGAAUUGAGCCGUGGUCUGGAGGCCAGCACUGCCACCUUGCAAGCUGCCCUGGGCACCUGUCAGACACAUGCCCAGCAGCUGGAAAAGGCCCUGAGGAUGCGAGAAGGCGAGAUUCAAGACCAGGAUCUUCGACACCAGGAGGAUGUGAAGCAACUUCAGCAGGCACUUGCCCAGAGGGAUGAAGAGCUAAGGCAGCAGAAGGAACAGGGGCAGCUGUUGGAGAAGUCUUUGGCACAAAGCAAUCGAGAGWAUAGGAUCCAAGAGAAGCAGAGUCUUGGGCAAGAAGAAGAGAUGUGGAGCCUGCGUGAGAAUCUAAAAGAACUAAAGCUGAUUCUAGCCCAAAARGAAGAGGAGAUUCAGGAACUGAGAGAAGCCCAGCAAAGGAUGAAUCUGGAGGCCUCUCCCCGCCUCCACAAAGCCUCCUCAGUGGAAGAGCCAUCUCCAAAAUUGAAUUCUUUAGCACCUGUGCUGCAGCAGGACUUGGAGCGACUACAGAUGGUCCUGAGGCAGACAGAAGCCAGGGAGAUUGAGUGGAGGGAGAAGGCCCGGGACUUGGCGAUGUCCCUGGCCCAGAGCAAGGCCAGUGUCAACAGUCUGCAGGAGGUAGCCAUGUUUCUACAAGCCUCUGUUCUGGAGCGGGAAUCACAACAGCAGAGAUUGCAGGCAGAGCUGGACCUUACCAGACAGGCUCUGGAGGAGGAGCGACUACACAGCCCACACUCAACUAGCAGAGUGGAGCAGGAGCCCAGAGCAGAGCAGAGCGAACAGCCCGGAGAGGCCUCAGGAAUGGAGGCUGAGCCUAAUUCUGGAAUGGAGCAGCAACAGUCGUGGAAACAAAGGCUUGAAAACCUUCAGCAAGCGGUGGCCCGACUGGAAAUUGAUCGGAGCAGGCUGCAGCGCCACAACGUCCAGCUGCAGACCACCUUGGAGCAGGUGGAGCGAGAACGGAGGAAGCUGAAAAGGGAUUCCAUGCGCACAUCUCGGGCAGAGGCCCCGGAGAUCAGUGACACCGCAGCCUCAUCACCCACACAGAAGGAUGGAAGAAGAGGACAGAGCGGUUCCUCAGAUGCCAAGUAUAUAGCUGACCUGCAGAAAGAGGUGGCCGUGCUACGAGCCCAGCUGGCUUUGGAACGGAAGCAGAGGCAGGACUACAUCGCUCGCUCUGUGCAGACCAGCCGUGAGCUAGCAGGCCUACACCACAGCUUGUCCCACUCUCUUCUUGCUGUGGCACAGGCCCCUGAAGCUACUGUCCUAGAGGCUGAGACCCGCAAGCUGGAUGAGUCCCUGACCCAAAGUCUGACAUCUCCAGGGCCAGUCCUGCUAUACCCCAGCCCCAGCACUACCCACACCACCCCCAGGUAGCAGCCACAGCUAGAGCAGGAUACAGGCCAGCUUGAUGGCAUAUGGACAGAUGACCAUAGUGGCUAUAGGUUUGCCAAAGGAAAGAUCUGCUCUGUUAUCCAGCCUGGCUGUCCCAGAUUACCUGGCAUUCCCAGGAAGAAGAUAGAGAACCACAAGGCUGGAGAGGGCCCCAGCUUACGCGGGAAUGAGGCAAAUCACAUUUGCCUGAUAACUUAGACUCACCCAAGGAGUGCCUUGUCCUGGCCAAGGGGCAGCUACUGGCUUACAGCCAGAAGAAASCAGAAUAGCCCACACUAGGUCUUCAACAAUGACGACAGUGUGUGGGUGUUCUUGUCCAUGUUGUGAGCAUUCUGUGCAUUAACUUCAGGGAGGUUUUGUUUCCCUAUUGUCUGCAAUUUAUUUUCCAAACACCUCACCUCCUCUCUUGCCUUUCCCUUCAACAAUAAACCUAGGCUCUGCAUUA